AAUAUACCGUUGUCAAGCUUUGAUUUGACAAACUAUUCAAACAAAAAGGAUGUUUGAAUCUAUGGUAGUCGAUUUGGUAAAUAAAUACCUUGGAAGUUUUGUGGAAGAUCUUGAUAAAUCCCAAUUACAUAUUGGCUUAUGGGCAGGUGAUGUUGUCCUCAACGAUCUUUAUAUUAAAGAAACAGCUUUGAAAGAAUUAAAUUUACCGGUUGAAGUUGUUCACGGAAAUAUAGGUAAACUUGUACUAAAAAUUCCAUGGAAGAAUUUAUAUACAGAACCGCUAGUUGCUAAAUUGAGCGGAUUGUAUAUAGUUGCUGUACCAACUUCCGCUGCGGAAUACGAUGAGGAGAAGGAAAAAAAACAAGAUUGGGAAAAGAAAGAAAAACAAUUAGCAUGGAUAGAAGAAACAAAAAAAUUUAAUAAAGAAGGCAUUCAAUCAGAUAAAGAAGAUAGCUUUACUGAAAAGUUAGCGGCCAAUAUUACAAAAAAUAUUGAAGUUCAAAUUGAAGAUGUUCAUAUAAGAUACGAAGAUUCUUUUACGAAUCCUAAGAAUCCUUUUUGUAUUGGUAUUACAUUAAAAGGAAUACAUUUCGUCACAACCGAUGAAAAUUGGCAAAGAACAGUUUUAAAGGAAGCUGUAUCGACUUUUCAUAAAUUAGCGAAAUUAGAUAGUUUAUCAUUAUAUUUCAAUUAUCAAAAAGAUUCAUACCUCUCAGUUGGAAGACAAAAGAGAAAAGAACUUUUAUACAAUAAUAUCUCAACUUUGGUAUCGUUAUCACCAAAUUUUGAUUAUGUUUGUGAGCCAAUUUCCUUUACUGGUCAUUUAAAAAUUGUUACAAGACCAGAAAAAGAUGGAUUUCAACAACCCAAAGUAUCCGUUGAUGUUGUAUUUGAAAAAAUUUCGGUUAACGUUAACAACGAUCAGUAUCGUCUAUUUAUUAAACUGGUCGAUUCGGUUGAUCGUAUGGUACUAUCUUCAAAAUUUAGAAAAUAUUUCAAACCUAAAGAAUCUAUUUCAAAAGAAGCAAAAGAAUGGUGGAGAUUCGCCUAUAGAUGUAUUUUAGGUGAACACGUUGAAUAUAAGAGAAAAGUUUGGUCUUGGAAUUAUAUUAAAGAUCACGGAGAUAAGUGUAGAAAGUAUUUAAACUUAUACAACAAUAAAUUGGAAAGUGGAAAAAAGGCAACUGCAAAAUUGUUAAAUAGUCUGCAAGAAAUUGAAAAAUUCCUAUCAGUUUUUAAUAUUGUUAGAUUGAGACAACAAGCGGAAUUAGAGUAUUCAAGAAAUAAAGAAUUAAAAUCUAAAGCUAGUAGUAAAGGUUCGUGGUUUUCCUUCUUUAGAGGAAGUAAGGAUGAAAGUUCAGAAAUAGCUGGAAAAUUUCAAGCGGCUAUGACUCCAAAAGAAAAAGCAAAACUAUACGAUGCCAUCGGUUAUGAUGAGGACGGCGUUGAUCCAACUUUACCGCCAAAUUACGUGGCCUAUAAAUUAAAAGUAGCUUUUAAGCAAGUAUCUUUUGCUUUGAAGGAGAAUAAUUCUGAUAAAACCCAAAAUGAAUUAGCAAGAAUAGAAGUAAAUGACAUGAAAGUCGAAUUAAAUCAAAGACCAGCAUCAAAUGGAUUAAAAGUUGAAGCCUGGAUUAAUCAAAUGGUUGUUUUUGGAUUAUCCGAUAACAAGAGAACUCAACCUCAGCUUGUUUAUAAUCCUGUGACUUCUCACCAAUUACUUUACGUACUAUUUGAAACUCAUCCCCUAGACGAGGAUUGUGAUCAAUUACUUACAGUUAAAAGUAUGCCAGAGGAAUUUAUGUAUGAUUCGCCAACCGUACUACAAUUAAUGAAAUUCUUCAAGCUACCUAAAGAUGUUUAUUUAGAAAGAUUACAAGCAGCGGCUUGGGAAAAGUAUGAAGAGAUAAAAGAGCAAACAGCUACAACAAUGAAACAUGUGAUGAAUGAAAGAAAAUAUAUGCAAGUUAAUAUAGAUCUAAAACCUUCUAGAAUUCUUCUACCACACUCAGGAAUUUAUAAAGAUAAAGUAUCUUUAAUUAUCGUCCAAUUGGGCCACCUUAAAAUUAUAAGCGAAAAGAAUAAACAAUCUAUUGAUAGUUCUAUGAAAUUGGAAGAAUUAAAAGGAUUGGUGUCUGAUAAGUACAAAUUACAUUUGGAAGAUGUUCAAAUUUUGCUUAUAAAUUCUGGUGAAAAAUGGAAAACUGGCAAUGAAUUGAUAAAAACUGCACAUCAUAUCUUACAACCUCUUACGCUAGAAUUAGCUUUAUACAAAUCCGCUGUUAAUCGAUUAGAUAUUCCAAAUCUGAGAAUUGAAGGUAAUCUCCCUCAAGUUACAAUUUCAACUUCUGAUAAGAAAUUAGAACAACUUUUGGCAUUGACUGAGAGUAUACCUCUGCCCGAAGAUGAUGACACGUUUGAUCAAGAUGAAAAAUUAGAAAGACGAAGAUCAUCUUCUCAAUUCCUGCUAAGGGAUGACCAAACUCAAUUAAGGCCUAGUGAUGCAAAAUUUGUUAAAUCGAAAAAGGAUUCUAUAACAGAAAUUAACAAACUUGACCUUGAAGUUCAAUUUAUUAUUAAAGAGAUUAUUGUUAAAUUAUCAGGAGAAAAAGAUUCCUCAUUUUUUAAGUUUGUAGUGGAUACAGUGGGUCUGAAAGUAUACACGAGAACGUUAGAUAUGGAGCUAACAAGUUAUUUAGGAGGAUUAUAUAUGCAACAUCAUGAAACUGCUAAAGAUGAUAGAGGUUCUAUGACUAAUCUCAUUAAUACACCUUCUCCUGAUGCUAAUGAAUAUUUACUUCACGUUAAAUUAUUAAGAAGAAAACAAACUGUUUCUUCUACGGAAAUUCCCGAAAUAGAAGUUGAUGUACACUUUAGAGAUCUUGAAGUUGUUUUACACUUUGAAAUACUUUGUAAACUAUUAUCGAUUCUCUCCAAUUUACAACCUGAAAGUAAGCCGAUACAACAAAAGUCUUCUAAUCUUGAACUUAAAGUUCCCGCUAAUAAUCCUAAAGCUACAACGACAACCGUUGAUAAAUCUAAAAUAAAACUUACAGCAAAAUUUGAUAAAUUUGCCGUAAAUGUUUGUUCAUCUGUUAAUUCAUUCUUUGACAUUCGCAUGACUGGCUUAAAAACAAACGUUGAUGUUCAUAAAUUAGAAACAGCUGUAUUUUUAUCAUUAGCUGAUGUUCAAAUUUAUAAUACUGUUCCUAAGAGCAGAUAUAAAAAGAUUCUUAGUUGUGAAGGAGAAGUAUUCAGCUUGAAUUUAUGCUUUUACGAUAAUGUACCAAAAUCAGAUUUACAAAAAGUUAAUAUAUCUGUUUCAUUAAACACUGGACGAAUGCAUUUAGUAUUCUUAUAUCAACAUAUAGCAUUUUUGCUGAACUUUCUCGAAUCAAUAUCUAAUGUAAAAGAAGCUAUACAAAAUGCUAAACAUGCUGUAGCCUCUUCCGCAGCAUCUACCGCACAUAAAAUACAAGAAGAUACAACUAGAAUUAGAUUAAAUAUCAACUUGAAAGCACCUAUUAUCAUUGUACCAGAAAAUUCAUGUUCUGACGAUGCUUUGAAACUUGAUUUAGGUACUCUAAGAAUAGAAAAUAAGAUGGAAACUAAAAAUGAUACUAAAAAGAUGAAAAUUUGUAUGAUUGAUAAAAUAAAUAUUGAUCUAUCCGAUGUCCAAGUAUCCAGGGUUUUCAUUGAAGACGCAAAAAUCCUGUCAGAAAUUCUUAUUAUUCCCCCUAUUAAUAUGUCAUUAACGCUUCGAAGAAAUCUUAGCCAAACCUUCAUUGAUAUUCCUAACAUUGAUGUCCAAGGGGAAAUACCAUAUAUUUUGUUGAAUACCGAUCAAAGAGAUUUACUUUGUAUAAUGACAGUUUUAACUGUUAAUUUUGCCGAACAAGCCGAAAAAUUACACAUUCCCGAAAAUUUAACGCCUAAAAAACGUAAAAAUUCCAACUUGACGGUUGGCUAUGGCAGGAGUCAUUCUACUUCUGUAUCGUCAUCCUCCAAAUUAGAACAAGCUCAAAAAGGUGGACAGACAACGAAAAGUUUACAAUUUAGCUUUGUUUUGGAGGAAGUGUCCGCCACAUUAUACGAAGGAAAAGUUCCAUUAGACAAAAAUUCGGGACUAAUUAAAAGAGAUAAUUCGAAACUUUACGGAAAAUUUUCCCUUGAGAGACUUUACGUUGACGGUCAUCAGUUAAACCCCAUUCCAGACAUGCGUGUUAUAAUUAAACUGGCUUCUAUUACUUUGGAUGAUAUUAGAACAGACACUGGCAAUAAAAUUACUAGAUUAAUGCAGAAAUUUGAUAGAACAAACACCCUUCAGUAUAUGGUUGAAAUGAAUUACGAGAAAACUGAGAAUAGCCAACAAAUCAAUUUGGACUUGAACAAUUUGCAUUUAUGUAUUAAUCUUGAAUAUCUAUUGGCAUUGAAUGUUAUGAUAAUGAAUUCUAUUGAUGUUAAAUCGAAUAAUAAAUCAGUUCGAUUAGAAACUGCAGCAAGGAAACAAACUAUUGAAUCGCAACCAAUGAUCACCAUACCAGAAGAUGAUGAAAUUCAACCACAACUACAAAAAUUGUCCGUUUCAAUAAAAAUAUAUAAACCGGAAAUCUUAUUAGUUGAAAAUCCUAAGAGUGUUGAAACUUCCGCUUUAAUUGUUGAGUCAGAAAUUGGCAUGAAUAUAAUGAUUUUGGGAGAUAACACCAAUAUAUCAAUGUGUUUAACAAAUAUGGAACUUUUUGCUUCCUAUUAUGCAAUAGAGAAAAGGAAUCUCUUUAAAUUACAGAUACUGGAUCAAAUAAAUUUUUACAUACAUGGAAGUUUAAAAGAGAACAAUACGCAUUUUAAUGUUGAAAUGACCGAAAUGAUUAUAAACAUUACUCCACCUCUUAUACGUCAAUUAGUGAAUACUUUAUCAACAAUUAAAACAACGGAAAUCGUCGAUAAUAAAUUAAAAGAACCGACCGAUUAUGAUACAGAAUUGUGGAAUGUAAAAUAUUGGUCGGAUUUUAAUUUUUGGUUUUUGAAAAUAGAUGAUGGAACUGACGCUUCAGAUGAUAAAGAAGAUGCUGAAAAAGAAAUAGUUAUUAAACAAGAAAUGUUGAUGGUUAAAAGUGAAAGAAUACUCUUUAAACUUGAUUCAAGUAAUACACCUGGAAAGAGUAGUCAACCAUUAUUGGUAAAUGAACUUUGCUUCGACGCGCAAGUUGAAAAUUGGUCUUCAAAUUUACAAGCUUCCUGUACACUGUCGUUAGAAGUUGCCUGCUUUAAUCAAGAAUUAUCUGUAUGGGAACCUCUUGUAGAACCUGUUCAAAAAGGAUAUAAUGACUAUCAACAAUGGAAUUUAACCAUUGAUGUUCAAGGUAAUGACGUUUCAGAUUUUGACGAAGAAGAUGGUUUAGUUAUACCCCCACCAAAAUUGGCUGUUGCCAUAUCAUCUUUAGAUCCCCUUCAGUUGACUGUAACUAAAUGCUCUUUAGACGUUUUAAAUAUAUUAGCAAAUUCGUUCGGCGAAGCAUAUAACCAAAUGGAAAAGCCAGAAUUGAAAAAUACGAUAGCAAAUGAAUCUGGAAGAAUGGUUAAAAAUCAUCUUGGUUUUGACAUCCAAUUAAUAUUUGAAGAGAAUGUAGACAAUCCUGUUUCUGUUUUGAAGAAUGGUGAAAGUCUACCAAUUUCUCCUAAAAUCAUUUCAAACGUUUUGCAAGACAGAAAAGAUAAGAAUAAAUUCUAUUCGUUAGUUAAACGAAAACAAGAUGAAAAAAGCGAAUCGGACGAUUUUAAAUUCAUAUUGAUCGCCGAUCGAUAUAAUUCUACAAGAGAAAUGCGUCUAGAUUGGAUGGGUGAUAUGGUUUUUAAGUUGUCUCGAAGCCAUUUCCCUGGAAAAAAUUGCGAAUUGUUAUGCGAGAGAAAAUUUGAAGGCGGUUGCGAGAUUAUAACUCUACGCUCUGUUCUUCAAAUAAAUAACCACUUACCUCUAACAAUGAGGGUAAAUCGUACAACAUCGGACAAAAGGAUGAAAAACAUUGCUGACUUGGCGAAAAAUUCAACAUUCCAUGUGACUUUAGACGACCUAUAUGACGUUUCAAAUGAACUAUAUUUCUAUCCAGAGUCAUGCAAAAGUUCAGAUAGUCUUCGAUUAAACUGGUUAAAUUUAAAGAAUGGCUCAGAUAUAAGUCAAUGCUGUAUUAAAGACGAUGGAUCGAAGAUAUACUUUCACGCAGUUGUUGAGGUACGACAAGUCAACUUGGAAUAUAGUAUGACAGAAAAAACUAAUCUAUAUACAAUAAAUCUUCACCCUUCUUGUAUAAUGAAAAAUACAUUACCAGUUUCGCUGUUUUACUCUUCGAGUGAGCAAGAAUGCGACUGGAUUGAAAUGAAACCUGGGGAUAAACAAGCCUUGUUUAAUAUUAAAUUAAACGAUGGAAAGAUUAAACUAAAAAUUGAAGGUUAUCACGAGAAAACUUGGACAACUGCCCAACCGUUAAAUAUUAAAGUUGAUCAAAUAGUAAUUUGGAAUUUUGAGAAUAACGAUAGCGAUUCGAAAGCAACAUUGAAUUUAGGAAUUCAUUCCACCUUAUUUAAAGGCAACUAUGAAGUUUCUGUCGUUUCUCCUUAUUGGAUAAUAAAUAAAACUGGACUUUUACUUAAUUACAAGGAUAGCGAUGAUAAUAUUAUUCAACACGAUCCUAGAUAUUCUCUUUUGAUGUUUGCCCCAAAGAAGAAAGUUUUUACUGGUAAAAAUAAGCUCUCAGUGAAAACCGAUGAAUUCGAUUGGUCCGAUAAAUUUUCUUUGGAUGCUGUCGGAAGUUUAGGAACUGUUACAUGUAAAUCAUCUAAGCAAGCUUCUGCAAAUAUGGGAGUUAAAAUAACGUUGCUAAAUCAAGGUCUUACAAGAAUGAUCACUCUAAUACCAUUUUAUAUUAUUAUUAAUAAAUCCAUGUUGUAUAUCGAGUUCAAAGAAGAAGGUAGUACGAAUUGGGACGUUAUUCAACCGGAAGAAAAGGAAAUGACCUUAAUAGCCAGAGUAAAAGAUUUGGAUAUAACAUCCGUAAAAUUUUCAUACAAGAAGGAAAAUACUUAUUUAUUUCCAUUUAAAGGAAAUAAAUUAGGUGGAAUGUAUGUUCAAUGUGAAGCGUUUGAGUCGAAUGUACACAUUGCUUUUCAACAAUAUCAACCUGGACAGGCUCCAGUAAGAUUAAUCAAUCGUUCGGAAGUUCAUUCAAUAGAAUAUUGGCAAGAAAAUACUCGAAAGGAGACUUUAUCGCCUGGCGAAACAAUACUGUAUACUUGGGAAAAUCCGUCCGGAAAAUAUUUACUACACUGGUCUAGCGGUAAUAAAGAAGAGAAAGAUGACUUAACAAAGGAUAAUUUAAAAGAGUUUUUCUUAAAUUCUGAUGAGAAAUUAUAUUGGAUAUCGUUUUUGGAUGGAAUGCAGAGAACGCUUAUGUUUACUGAAGAUUUAAUACUUGCAACACAAGCGCAGCAAGCUAGUGAAUUAGAAAGAAUCAAUAUGGACAUAACUUUUGCUCUAAGUGCCGUUGGACUUUCACUUGUUAACAACUCAAUCCAAAAAGAAAUAGCCUAUAUAGCGCUAACUAAUUCCGGUGUUGUAUGGGAGGAAAGGAAGAAGAAAAAGAAGACUUGGAAGUCAAUUAAAAUGACAGAUUUAGUAGAAGAUGCUUACCAGCACUAUGCUAAAUAUGUGCGUGUUGGUAAAACUGAUUGUCAUAGAAUUCAAUUAUCUAAUAAAGCGGAAGUUGAUUUUGGUCAAGAUCCAGUUAAACUAUUAAAACCUUAUGAAUCGGACUUAAGAAGAAACUUUCGAGAUGGUCUUUGGCUACAAUAUAGAUAUUCUGAACAUCAAACGCAAAUACACGCUAAACUGCACUAUAUUCAGAUCGACAAUCAAUUACCGGGUUGUAUGUUCCCAAUUGUUCUCUCACCUGUUCCUCUUCCAAAAUCGGUUGCCGCCGAAGCCAUUACAAAACCAUUUGCCGAAUUGUGUGUUUUGCUUCGUAGUAGAGACUAUACAACCGUUAAACAGAUCAGAUACUGUAAACUACUUGUUCAAGAGAUGGAUUUGAAGAUUGAUCAAGGAUUUAUAAGUAGUAUGGUAAUAUUCUUCUCAUCUGACGAAGAGAUGUUAGACGACGAAGAAAGGAAACGCUUUGAAGAAGACUGUAAACAAAUUGAAAACGAUUUGUUAGAAGAUGCCCUCCGAUCGACUGAAGACGAAAAUAAGAACUUUUUCGAUAAUAUACACUUUUCACCUUUAAAAGUUCAUUUAAGUUUUUCACUGUCGGGUUCAAGUGGUAACGAAACAGAAACAAAAUCAUCAAAGGCCGCUUCGGACGUUCUUAAAAUAUUUGUGCAAAGUGUUGGAAUGGUAUUUAGUGACAUACAAGAUGUUGUAUUAAAAUUGAACUAUUUCGAAAGAAGAUAUCGAUUCUAUUCUAAAUCAAAAUUAAUUGACGAGAUUCGAAGGCACUACACUCAGCAAGCUAUUAGAUCAUUAUACGUUCUAGUCUUUGGCUUGGAUGUUAUCGGAAAUCCUGUUGGUGUCAUAAGGGGUAUUGCAACAGGAUUAGAAGACCUCUUCUACGAGCCGUAUCAAGGUGCUAUUCAGGGCCCAGAAGAGUUUGCCGAAGGUCUUGCCAAUGGCGUGAAAAGUCUAUUUGGACAUGCUGUUAGCGGUACAGCCGGUGCUGCCUCAAGAAUUACGGGUACGCUGGGUAAAGGUAUCGCUUUCCUUACAUUGGAUCAAGACUAUCAACGAAAGAGAAGAGAGGAACGCUCGAAGAGACCAGCUGACGUUUCAACCGGCUUGGCUAGAGGAGGAAAAAGCUUGGUAAUGGGUCUUUUCGACGGAGUUACGGGCAUUGUCAGGAAGCCUGUUGAAGGAGCUAAGUCAGAAGGAGUCGAGGGCUUUUUCAAAGGCGUCGGUAUUGGCGUUGUAGGAGUGAUAACCCGACCAGCAAGUGGUGUUGUCGACUUUGCCGGAACGGCUUUCGAAAGUAUAAGAAGGGCAACGGACGUAUCGAAGGAAGUAAGGAGACUCCGUCCGCCCCGAUUCUUGCAUAGAGACGGAAUCGUUCGACCGUUUAACAAAAUAGAAGCGGAAGGUAACGAUAUACUAAGUGAAGUUGAAAAAGGAAUGUACCAAACAGACGUGUACGUUACGCAUUUAUUGGUGACAAAGGACUUAAAAACCAUCCUGCUAGCUACAGACAAGAGGAUACUCUUUGUAAGGAAGGAUGAUAUCUUUGGGGUUUGGAAAUGCGAAUGGCAAUAUCCCUGGAAUGAACUGAAGGAAGUAAGUUACGUUUCGAAGAGAAUACAAGUGGUCUUUAAGGUAAAGAAAAAGGGUACAUUCUUUAGUCCACCAAGCGUUGGGAAAAAAGUGGAAGUGAUAGACGAUAGAUUAGCCAAAAUCGUCAUCAAGAAAAUUAAAGAAACAAUGGCGACCGCUGCUGACUCUUAG